AUGUCCAAUUCGUCACUGCUGGCCUGCCUGACGAUCGCCGGCCUCGCCGUCGCCCUACCGGCGACCUCGUCCGAGGGGAAUUCGAUCGCCGAUCCCCAGUUUCUCCGCGACUAUGCCGAGACCUUUCGUUUUCGCCUCGGCCAACCGACGGCGGUCGAAGUGACCGACGAUGCGGUGUUCUUCUUACGUUCCGGGCCGCGCAGCUUCGUCACCGACCUCUGGCAGCUCGACCCCGCGACCGGCGAAGAACGCCGCCUGCUGACUGCCGAGGAUCUGCUCGGCGGCACCGAAGAGGAGCUCACCGCGGAAGAAAAGGCACGCCGCGAACGCCAACGGCUGGCCACCCGCGGCAUCGCCGGCUAUAGCCUGUCGAGCGACGGUCGCCAAAUUCUGGCGCCGUUGUCAGGCGACCUCUACCUCCUCCAAAGAGCAGACGGCACGGUCCGUAAGAUCGAGGUGGCGGCGGGCUUUCCGCUCGAUGCGCAACUCUCGCCAGCGGGCGACCAGAUCGCCUACGUCGCCGCUGAUGAUCUCUGGCUGGUCGAGCUCGACAACGGCGAGCACCGUCAGCUGACUCAAAGCGACUCGCCAACGGUCAGUCAUGGGCUGGCGGAAUUCGUCGCCCAAGAAGAAAUGGGCCGCCACCAUGGAUUCUGGUGGUCGCCGGACAGCACCCGACUGGCCUUCCAAAAGACCGACACGGCCGGCAUGGAGACUUUCCGGAUCGCCGAUCCGCCGAUCCGGCCAAAGCGGUGCAGGAAUGGCCCUACCCGAGGCCGGGCAAGAACAACGCGACUGUCGAGCUCGUGGGACCGGAAGAAGUAUCCCUACCUAACCACCGUGCGCUGGACCGACAACGCACCGCUGACUUUGGUGGUGCAGAACCGCCGCCAGACCGAGCUCGCCAUCCUGGCGGUGGAUCCCGACUCCGGUAUCAGCCGCAAGCUUCUGGUAGAGACCGACGAUGCCUGGCUGAACUUGGACCAGCAGAUGCCCCACUGGCUGGCCGACGGCCGCAGCUUCUUGUGGACUAGCGAACGUGACGGCGCCUGGUGCUUAGAGCACCGCGCUGCCGACGGCACCCUGCUCGGGCGGCUGACCGCCCCGGAGCUAGGCUACCGGAGCUUCGUGCAUCUCGACGAAGAGGCCGGCACGCUCUACGUUCAGGCCGAUGGCGGCGAUCCGACGCGUGCCCAGCUCUACCGUCUGCCCAUGGCCGGCGGCCCGGCGAGCCAGCUAAGUGACUUCGAUGGCGUGCUCGACGCCAAGUUCUCGAGCAACGGCAGGCUACGCCUGCUCGAACGCUCUUCGGCAGUCGGUGUCGACGACUGGCUGGUCACCGACGCGGCGGGCAAUCGGCGGGCCGAGGUGCGCUCGAUGGCGGACCAGCCGAGCUUCGCCACCCACCCCGAGUGGGUCCACACCACCGUCGAGGGCCGGACCUACCAUGCGGCGAUCCUGCGGCCGCAGGACUUCGAUCCGGCACGCAGCUACCCGGUGGUGCUGCACGUCUACGGCGGGCCCCAUUCGCAACGCGUGACCCGGCAAGCGUCGCGCUAUGUGUUCGACCAGUGGAUGGCCGACCACGGCUACGUCGUGUUGUGGAUCGACGGACGUGGCACGCCACACCGUGGCCGUGCCUGGGAACGCAGCGUCCACCAUGACUUGAUCACCCUGUCGCUGACCGACCAGGUGACAGCGCUAACCAGCCUGGGCAAGCGCUUCCCGGAAAUGGAUCUGGAGCGGCGCGGCGACGUAUUUAGCGCCGCGGUGGCCGGUGCGCCGGUGGCCGAUUGGCUCGACUACGACACCCACUACACCGAGCGCUAUAUGGGCCUACCGUCGGAUAACCCGAACGGCUACCACUCGACCUCGGUGCUCAACCACGCGGACAAGCUGGAGCGGCCGCUGCUGAUCAUCCACGGCACCGCGGACGACAACGUCUACUUCAUGCACGCGUUGAAGAUGUCGAACGCUCUCUUCCGCGCUGGCAAGCCGCAUGACUUCCUGGCCUUGGCCGGCUUCACCCACAUGGUGCCCGAUCCGCUGGUCACCGAGCGCCUGUACGGUCGCAUCAUGAGCUUCUUCGCCGAGCACUUGGGGCAGCCGACCGCUACGGUCACCGAUUGA